AUGCCGCAAGAGAAUCACCAUCCGGAGACGAAGAGGCAGCGUGGCCUCCACACCCUGGUCAUCUUCCGGCGCAGCCUCAUCUACCAGACGAAGGAGUUCUUCCAGAACUCCACGCUCCACGGAGUGCGUUACAUCGCGGAAACGGGCCGCCCCAUUGGCGAGAAGUUCAUGUGGUUCUGUUUCACAUCGAUCGGGGCGGUCACCGCGCUGGUCAUCAUCAUGAGCCUCUGGGAGAAGUUCCAGACCAAUCCGACCAUCACGGGCCUGGACACCGACUUCCACAACCAGAACGUGGUCUUCCCCACCACCGUCGUCUGUCCGGAGGCGGCCUUCGACCACGACAAGACCUACGAGAUGGUUUACAAGACACUGGCCAACUACGAUAAUGGGCAGGCUUUACUGUAUAGUCCGUUCCUGCGUCUGCUGACCUCCUUGAGUUUCGAUAACAUCCGCGACGCCAAGGUCCUGGCGCAUUCGAUCCCGCAGAACCUGCUGGAUGCGAACACCAUUCGGCAGUGGGCCUUCGAAGGAUCCAUCAGCUGCGAGAGCACCUUCGUGUCCUGCAAGUAUCGCGACGAGGAGAUACCCUGCUGCGACCACUUCGAGCCCAUCUACACGGAGCACGGCUUCUGCUACGCCUUCAACAGCCGGUUCAAGUCCACGGCCACCGAAGACGUCAAGACCGGGGCCCCUCAUGAUCUCUACGAAACCGACAAGAAGUGGGCGCUCUUCUUUGUGCCCAACAGCACUUCUAAGAUAUACAUAUUCUCCAACGAGGAAUACUUUGGUUCGGAUUUCAACGCGCAGAUCGAUUGGUCGGAGACUCAGCUGGUGGAGGUAAGGAUCUCCAAGAAGAACACUUAUACCACGGACGAUGCCCGCCAGCUGUCGAUUGGCCAGAGGAAGUGCAUCUUCAGCGACGAGGUGAAGCUCAACUAUUUCCCGGAUGCGUACACUUUCUCAUCCUGCAUGAAGCAGUGCCGCAUGAACAAGGCCAUCAAGCUCUGCAAAUGCAAUCCGCCCUUCUACAAGCCCAUAGCUAAUGUGCCCAUGUGCAUGAUCAAGGAUUUCGAUUGCCUCUAUGAGUUCAAGGCGAACAUCACCAACAUCAAGGACUGCCUUCAGUGCGAACUCAGCUGCUCGAAAACCGUAUUCAACAUUGACAAGCUUAUCAAAAUAGUGGACCGACCAGAGAGCACAGGUGUUCUGGUGGAGUUUCUCACCUGGCCGAUUAUUCGCUACAAACGUGAGGUCCUUUUCGGCUGGGUGGAUCUUUUAGUGUCCUUCGGCGGAAUUGCCAGUCUUUUUCUCGGAUUUUCACUGCUUUCCGGUGUGGAGAUAAUCUAUUAUUUUACUCUGCGAGCCUGCUGCAUGGUCUAUAAAAAUCGGCAAGAGCUCUACGAGAUCGAGGAGCGAAUCCGGCGGGAGCCACCACCCUCCAUAGAUUUGGGAUUGAGUUUGAGAUCCCAUUCGACAUCAAGGGUUGGCGAUGGGCCCACGUCGGCGGUGCUGAAGGUGAGACCCGCCACGGAAGCCCCAGGAUCACAGAAUCCUUUCUUACCUCAUCAGAAAAAAAACCUAAAGGACUAUUCGAACAACACAAAGAACUAUUAUAGAACACCUAAAGUUUUGCCCGACAAUGGUUAUACGAGUAAUACAAAAAAUCCUUGGACAACCUAUGAUCAUUCGCAAUAUAUGCCCUAAAAGCUAAAA